AUGUAUGCAUUGCCUACUAAUGCUGAGGGUGCCUGUCACCUGUGUGUGCCGCCUGCCCCAGGUAUAGAGUCUGCUGCUCUAGGUGCUGGUGAGGCUGCUGCUCUAGGCGCUAGUGAGUCCACUGCUCCAGGUGCUGCUUGCCGCUCCUUCUAUCGCGAUUGCACCACACUCACGCCGCUCAGGCGGCCAGUGGCAGUCUCUCUGGCUGACCCCUCUGGGGGUCCGGUCCUUGCACACUCCUCCACGGCUCUGCCGCGUCCGGCAGUCCCGUCUGGCUCUCUGUCUGGCCUCCACCUCCCCUCGUUCUCCACGAACUCGGUGAGUGGAGCUGACCUUCAGGACGCGUGGGCUGACCAGUUCACUCCUGGAGGUCAGCGGGUGACCCACUGUUCGUGUACUCAGACGGGCCGGCACCUGGCCACGUUCACCCGUCAGCCUGGGUCGAGCCUGUACACACUGAGUACUGUGUCUCCUGCGGUUGCUGAGUCUGGUCAGGUAGCUGCGUCGGGUCAGGUGUUUGCUGCAGCGUCCAAGUCUCGUCCUGAGACUGCCCCCUGCUCGUGUCGCCUCCUGUCUCACAAGAUUCUCCUCUGGCACCACCGCCUUGGUCACCCCUCCCUGCCUCGUCUCCAAGGCAUGGCCUCCCGUGUCCCUGCCACUGGUCUUCCCCGGUCUCUCCCUCCCCUUCCCCCGGGGCCUGCCCCUAUCUGCGUUCCUUGCGUUGAGGGACGGCAGCGCGCCGCUCCUCACUCCUCCGAGUUCCCUCUGACGGAGGCUCCCUUGCAGACGCUUCACAUGGACGUGUGGGGCCCAGCCCGCGUCCAUGGCCAAGGUCACGAGCGCUACUUUAUGCUGGUCGUUGACGAGUACUCGCGUUACACCACAUUCUUCCCCUUGCGCCGCAAGGGUGAGGUCACUGAGGGCAUCCGCCAGACGUUCACGCUUCCGGCCUCUCUGCAAAAAAAUGGGAUUGCUGAGCGCCGCAUUGGCAUGGUCACGAAUGUCGCUCAUACGUUCAUGAUCCAUGCGGCUGCUCCCCAUUUUCUGUGGCCGUUCGCGGUUGAGUACGCGGCGCAUCAGCUCAACCUCCUGCCCCGGGUCUCCAUGCCGGAGACCACACCUAGUCUGCGGUGGACGGGGAAGGUUGGCGAUGGGUCUGUGUUCCGUGUCUGGGGAUCUAGAGCUUUCGUCCGCGACUUGUCUGCGGACAAGCUGUCCCCCCGUGCUGUUCACUGCGUUUUCCUUGGAUUCCCCCCUGACGCGCCUGGUUGGCAGUUUUACCAUCCCACCUCACGUCGUGUUGUGUCCUCUCAGGACGUCACGUUUGAUGAGUCGGUUCCUUACUACCGUCUCUUCCCCUACCGCACUGCCCCCCUCCCCCCCCCGGCCGCUCUUCCUCGCGCCAACGUAGUCGAGCCUGUCGAGGCAGCUAUUGACUAUGGUGCUGCUAGGGGUGCUGAGCCUGCGGGUGCCGGGUCUGGGGGUGCUGAGCUUGAGCGUGCGGAGCCUGGGGGUGCUGAGUCAGGGGGUGCUGAGUGUGGGUGUGCUGAGCUUGGGGUUGCUGAUCCCGGCGGCGAUUGGUGUGCUUGGCGCUGGAGCCGUGCUGCUGGAGCUGGUGUUUCUACGUGCGCUGGAGGCCCUGCUGCUGCUAAAGGUCCUGUCGCUGCUGGAGCUGCUGGGGGUUCUAGAGCCACUGGUCGUGGAGGUGCUCGUACUGGAGGUACUGGAGCUGCUGGGCCUGGUGGUGCUGCUGGAGCCGGAGCUGCUGGAGGUGCUAGGGCUGGCGGUGCUGCUGGGGCAGGUGCUGCUGGAGGUACUAGAGUUGGAGCUGCUAGCGCUGCUGGGGCUUCUGGUGGUCUUGCUCGAGCUGGAGCUGCUGGGAAUGCUGGAGCUGGAGGUGCUGCUAAAGCCGGUGCUCUUGUGGGUGCUGAAGUUGGCGAUUCUGGUGCUGUUGGAGGUGCUGCUGGAGAUGGUGAGCGUGUCCCUCUACCGUCUCCUCCUGGGUCCUCUCUUCCUGCCCUUUCUCACCCAAAGUCUGACUCCCUUCGUGCUGCUAGUCCUACUGUCACGCGUCUACUGGCCAGUGCUGUCACUUACCCUUUCUUUGAGUCCUCUGCUGCGUCUUCCUUAGUUGCUGAGCUUGUCGAAUUUGCUGCUCACUGUUGUCUCGACUGCUGCGCUAGUCAUGUUGCUGAGUCUGAGUCUGUCUGUCCUCCAUUCGUCGGGGGUGAGUGUGCUCUUAGCAUAGACGUCUUUGAGGACAAGCAGGAGGACUUUGAGUGCUUUGCAGCCACUGUACCUCAUCUUGUGUCCAUGCUGAUUGCACCUGAGGGAGACCCGGAUGCACCAGACAUCCCGACCCCGCGCUCUUACGCAGAGGCGAUAGAGCGUCCCUACUCCUCUCAGUGGUAG